CACCCCGCCUCGGUUCAGCAAGUGGGCCAGCUUGUUGGGGCUCGCUUGGCAAGGGGACGCGGGGACUAGGGGCGCGGACGCAGUUACGGGAGGAUGCGGCUGCGGGGACCUGGGGGCUCAGGGCUAGGGCAGCAGGCCCGGCCCGCACGGCUUUCCUGGAAAGCGCUGCCCAGCGCCGCGGCGAUGCCCUCGCUGUGGAGAGAAAUCUUCUUGGAGUCGCUGCUGGGAUAUAUUUCUUGGUCUCUCUACCAUGACCUGGGACCGAUGAUCUAUUACUUUCCUUUGCAAACACUAGAACUCACUGGGCUGGAAAGUUUUAGUAUAGCGUUCCUUUCUCCAAUAUUUCUAACAAUUACUCCUCUCUGGAAAUUGGUUAACAAGAAGUGGAUGCUAACCCUGCUGAGGAUAAUCACUGUCGGCAGCAUAGCCUCCUUCCAGGCUCCAAAUGCCAAACUUCGACUGAUGGUUCUUGCACUUGGGGUAUCUUCCUCGCUGAUAGUGCAAGCUGUGACUUGGUGGUCAGGAAGUCAUUUGCAAAGAUACCUCAGAAUUUGGGGAUUCGUUUUAGGACAGAUUGUUCUUGUUGUUCUACGCAUAUGGUACACUUCACUAAACCCAAUCUGGAGUUAUCAGAUGUCCAACAAAGUGAUACUGACAUUAACUGCCAUAGCCACACUCGAUCGUAUUGGCACAGAUGGUGACUGCAGUAAACGUGAAGAAAAGAAGACUGGUGAGGCAGCCACGGGGAUGGCCUCUAGACCCAACUGGCUCCUGGCAGGGGCUGCCUUUGGUAGCCUUGUGUUCCUCACCCACUGGGUUUUUGGAGAAGUCUCUCUUGUUUCCAGAUGGGCAGUGAGUGGGCAUCCGCAUCCAGGGCCAGAUCCUAACCCAUUUGGAGGUGCAGUACUGCUGUGCUUGGCAAGUGGAUUAAUGCUUCCAGCUUGUUCGUGGUUUCGUGGUGCUGGUUUGAUCUGGUGGGUUACAGGAACAGCUUCAGCUGCGGGGCUCCUUUACCUGCACACGUGGGCAGCUGCUAUGUCCGGCUGUGUCUUCGCCGUCUUUACUGCGUCCAUGUGGCCUCAAGCACUUGGACACCUUAUUAACUCAGGGACAAACCCUGGGAAAACCAUGACCAUUGCCAUGAUAUUUUAUCUUCUAGAAAUAUUUUUCUGUGCCUGGUGCACAGCUUUUAAGUUUGUCCCAGGAGGUGUCUAUGCUAGAGAAAGAUCAGAUGUGCUUUUGGGGACAAUCUUGUUAAUUAUUGGGCUGAAUAUGCUAUUUGGUCCUAAGAAAAACCUUGGCUUGCUUCUUCAAACAAAAAACAGUUCUAAAGUGCUUUUCAGAAAGAGUGAAAAAUACAUGAAACUUUUUCUGUGGCUGCUUGUUGGUGUGGGAUUGUUGGGGUUAGGACUACGGCAUAAAGCCUAUGAGAGAAAGUUGGGCAAAGUGGCACCAGCCAAAGAGGUCUCUGCUGCUAUCUGGCCUUUCAGGUUUGGAUAUGACAAUGAAGGGUGGUCUAGUCUAGAAAGAUCAGCUCACCUUCUCAAUGAAACAGGUGCAGAUUUCAUAACAAUUUUGGAGAGUGAUGCUUCUAAGCCCUAUAUGGGGAACAAUGACUUAACCAUGUGGCUAGGGGAGAAGUUGGGUUUCUAUACAGACUUUGGUCCAAGCACAAGGUAUCACACUUGGGGGAUUAUGGCUUUGUCAAGAUACCCAAUUGUGAAAUCGGAGCAUCACCUUCUUCCGUCACCAGAGGGCGAGAUCGCACCAGCCAUCACAUUGACCGUUAACAUUUCGGGCAAGCCAGUGGAUUUUGUCGUGACACACUUUGGGAACCACGAAGAUGACCUCGACAGGAAACUGCAGGCUAUUGCUGUUUCAAAACUACUGAAAAGUAGCUCAAAUCAAGUGAUAUUUCUGGGAUAUAUCACUUCAGCACCUGGCUCCAGAGAUUACCUACAGCUCACUGAACAUGGCAAUGUGAAGGAUAUUGACAGCACUGAUCAUGACAGAUGGUGUGAAUACAUUAUGUAUCGAGGACUGAUAAGGUUGGGUUAUGCAAGAAUCUCCCAUGCUGAACUGAGUGAUUCAGAAAUUCAGAUGGCAAAAUUUAGGAUCCCUGAUGACCCCACUAAUUUUAGAGACAAUCAGAAAGUGGUCGUAGACCACAGAGAAGUUCCCAAGAAAAUUCAUUUUAAUCCCAGAUUUGGAUCCUACAAAGAAGGACACAAUUAUGAAAACAACCAUCAUUUUCAUAUGAAUACUCCUAAAUACUUUUUAUGAAACAUUUAAAACAAGAAGCUAUUGGCUGGGCAAAUCUAAGAAAAAAAGUAUGUAAGAUGAAAAGAAGAGAUUAAUGAAAGUGGGAAAGUACAUAUGAACAACCUCAACUUAAAAACAAACAUGGUAUCUAUACAGUGGGAAAUUACCUCAAUUUAUAAACCAUGUUGCUUAAUAAAAACAUUUCUCCAAA